GAGGAGAGCAGCCAAAUCUUGGAGAGGUUCCUUUUCUUCUCAUCCAGCACAGUGACCCUCUCCCAUCUCUCCGGAGUGGAAUCCCUUUGAGCUUACUUAGGCUCUAGAAGGAGUAGACUUUCUGGGAUUUAGACUUUCUGGGAUUGGGUUGUUUCUUUCUCUUUCUCUCUAACCAAGUUCCUUUCUCCCCAUUUCCUAUUUCCACUUUUUAAAAAAGGGAGCUGGGAAGAAGGCUCUGGGCCACUGUGCUGUCCACCAUCGUGAGAACCCCAACACAAUGGUGACUAAAUAGAAGGGAGAAUGAUGCCAGGUGACCAAGGAUCUGAAAUUCUUGUAGAAGAGAGAACAGAGUCUCCAAGGACACCAUGUUGGAAGGUUGUAAUCAACUGACAAAGUGUCAUGAGAAGUCAUGCGGCAUAAUGGAAGAAUGAUAUCCUGCCAAGUCCCAGCAUGAAAGGCCAAGGCAAGAAGCGGAAUGGACAGGCCCAGCAUCACAGCCACGGCAUAAAAGACAUCCCACAGCUUGCCUACAGCAUAACAGAUGUCCCACCCUGGUACCUCUGCAUCUUUCUAGGGAUUCAGCAUUAUCUCACAGCCCUGGGUGGCCUUGUGGCUGUGCCUCUCAUCCUGUCCAAGGGCCUGUGCCUGCAGCAUGACCCCGUGACCCAGAGCUACCUUAUCAGCACCAUGUUCUUUGUCUCUGGCAUCUGCACUCUCCUUCAGGUCCUUUUAGGGGUCAGGUUACCUAUUCUCCAGGGUGGAACCUUUGCCUUUGUGGCCCCUUCCUUGGCCAUGCUCUCUCUCCCUGCCUGGAAAUGCCCUGAUUGGACUCUCAAUGCCACGCAGGUGAAUGUCAGUUCUCCAGAAUUCACUGAAGAAUGGCAGAAGAGGAUCCGAGAGUUACAAGGUGCCAUCAUGGUGGCUUCCUGUGUCCAGAUCAUUGUGGGAUUCUCUGGCCUCAUUGGCUUUCUGAUGCGCUUCAUUGGCCCUCUGACCAUUGCCCCAACCAUCUCCCUUGUGGCUUUGCCGCUCUUUGACUCUGCAGGGAGUGAUGCUGGGAUCCACUGGGGCAUUUCUGCCAUGACCAUUUUCUUAAUUGUGCUGUUUUCUCAAUACCUGAAAAACAUCCCCGUGCCAGUACCAGUUUAUGGGCAAGUCAAGAAAUGCCAUGUUUCUAAGCUUUACCUGUUCCAGAUCUUCCCAGUACUCCUGGCUCUCUCCAUUUCUUGGAUCAUCUGCUAUGUGCUUACCGUCACCAACGUCUUCCCCUCGACCUCUUCAGCAUACGGUUAUUUGGCCCGUACAGACACCAAAGGCAACGUUCUGUUCCAGGCCCCUUGGUUCCGCAUCCCUUACCCAGGGCAAUGGGGAGUUCCAACCAUCAGCUUGGCUGGGGUGUUUGGCAUCAUUGCUGGGGUGAUCUCCUCCAUGGUGGAAUCAGUGGGGGAUUAUCAUGCCUGUGCCCGGCUUGUAGGGGCCCCACCCCCUCCAAACCACGCUGUCAAUCGGGGUAUUGGUAUUGAAGGAAUUGGCUGCCUCCUAGCAGGAGCGUGGGGGACUGGAAAUGGAACCACGUCCUACAGUGAGAAUGUUGGUGCCCUGAGCAUCACCAGGGUGGGGAGCAGGAUGGUGAUCAUUGUUGCUGGUUGUGUGCUGCUCCUGAUGGGCAUAUUUGGGAAGAUUGGGGCUGCAUUUGCCACCAUUCCAAGCCCUGUGAUUGGGGGCAUGUUCAUAGUGAUGUUUGGAGUCAUCGCAGCUGUGGGAAUUUCCAAUCUACAGUAUGUGGACAUGAACUCUUCCAGGAACGUCUUUGUCUUUGGCUUCUCCAUCUACUGUGGGCUGACCAUUCCUAACUGGGUGAACAAGAAUCCAGAACUAAUCCAGACAGGAAUUCUCCAAUUGGAUCAGGUCAUCCAGGUUCUGCUCACCACUGGCAUGUUUGUGGGUGGAUUCCUGGGCUUUGUACUUGACAACACUAUCCCAGGAAGUCAGGAAGAAAGAGGACUCAUAGCAUGGAACCGAAUACAUGAGGACUCAGAGGACACCCUGAAUGCCUCCAAGGUCUACAACUUCCCUUUUGGGAUUGGCACCAAAUUCUGUGCUGCUUCUUGGCUCAGGUACAUCCCUUUUUGGCCCAAGCCAGAACAUGGAGGGGAAGCAAUGAAAAGGGAGCAUCGCGUCACCAAGGUCGAUGAUCAGAUUUCAACGGGAUCAAGAGAGAAGCAGGAUAUUGAAACGAUAAUGUGAAGAGAUACUUCUUCCCCCAGUCGGGGACAUCCCAGAAGAUACAAGAUUUGAUAGGCCUCCGUUCUUUGGGUGGACACUUUAUAGCACUUUCCUCUCUGAUGGGGUUAAAUAGAUGUUAAAUUGUAAUCAUCAGCCAUCUUCCAACUAGUUACUAAUUCACCCAUGCACCAAUCACCCUUUCUCCAUGCCCUAUUUCCCACCUAUAGUAUAAAUUUGAACUGUGUAUCCUGAAAUAUAUAAAACACUAACUUUAUUAUUGACAAGUUUUGGAGUGGGGAGGAGGGGGUGUGGUGGGAUUAAAACUGUAAGUUGAAAUUGUCUGGUUUUGUUAAUUAAAGUCGAGUGGUCUUCUCCCAAGGGGUCAUGCUGAGGGGAUGAAACCUGAUUUGAGUAGAGCUCUGGACUUUUCCACUAUCUUGACUAGUGUGGUAGAAGCAAUAACCGUCAAACAGGUUGUUGUUGUUUUUGUUUUUAAUAAAAGGUAUGAAAACCAUC